AUGUCUUCCGAGGGGGCCCGCAUCUCCCUCGAGAGCCUCCCCAACGAGCUGCUCCUCCAGGUCCUGAUCGACGCGCCGGACGCCGUACUCAGCCUGCGUCAAGUUAACCGCCGCUUUGCCGACCUGGUCACCUCGCACGAGAAGCUGAUAGCCGAUCGCAUCUUCCAACGCACCCGCUGCGGCCGUGCCGCCGACCGCUGGAGCCUGUCAUGUGACUCGUACCGCCGCGCCCGCAACUGGCGACACAACGCCAUCUUCUACCGCAAGUUCUGGCGCGUCUUCGGGAACAAGAAGAUAUACAGCGACUGCUACUUCUGCACAAACUCCGGAUUUCCAUUCCUGGACACCGAUCGCUUCGACUCGCUGAUGAAGUCCCCGCUGGCAUUGGCCUUCAUCUUCCACGCCCUGAGCCCCUGCGUCGAAGACGAUCCCAAAUGGUACCUCGCCUCCAUUCGAGAAUCCCAUAAAUGA